UUUGGAAUCAUAUCUACCUGUCAUUCUGCUGAUCGUGUGACUGUUGUGAAUUUCUUGCUGGAUUGUCGGGAGAAGGCCCACCAGGGCUCUUUUCUCUGCCUCACAAAAUCCAUCAAACUGGCGAUGUCGCGAGUACCAAGUCCCCCUCCCCCGGCUGAGAUGUCCACUGGCCCCGUGGCUGAAAGCUGGUGUUAUACGCAGAUAAAAGUCGUGAAAUUUUCCUACAUGUGGACCAUCAAUAACUUUAGUUUCUGCCGAGAGGAGAUGGGGGAGGUGAUCAAAAGCUCCACUUUCUCCUCGGGAGCCAAUGAUAAGCUCAAAUGGUGCCUCCGUGUGAAUCCUAAAGGAUUAGAUGAAGAGAGCAAGGACUAUUUGUCUCUCUACCUGCUGCUGGUCAGCUGUCCAAAGAGUGAGGUGCGCGCCAAAUUCAAAUUCUCCAUCCUCAAUGCCAAGGGUGAAGAAACCAAGGCGAUGGAGAGCCAGCGAGCUUACCGCUUUGUUCAAGGCAAAGACUGGGGUUUUAAGAAAUUCAUUCGCAGAGAUUUCCUGCUCGAUGAGGCCAAUGGCCUUCUCCCAGAUGAUAAGCUGACCCUCUUCUGCGAGGUCAGCGUCGUUCAAGAUUCUGUCAACAUUUCUGGACAGAACACCAUGAACAUGGUGAAAGUACCGGAAUGUCGUCUUGCUGAUGAACUCGGAGGAUUAUGGGAGAACUCUCGUUUCACUGACUGCUGUCUGUGCGUUGCUGGGCAGGAAUUCAAAGCACACAAAGCCAUCCUUGCAGGUCUGUUUGCGUUUUAG